CGAAGCGGUCAACGUGUGGUUUAUAAGAUAUAAGCUUGAGCUUAAUACCGAGGUAAAGCAUUCGUCUGUUAUCAAGACGGAGUACAGUGGCAAGAUCUGCAGCUUAAAGUUACUCAGUUUUACUGGUAGACAACAUUCAAGAUAUUUUGCAUGGCUACAACCAGGAGAUCAACUGUACAGGAUGAACUACACAAAUUCCUAGUGAAGCACCAUCUGGACUAUAGCAUGCUGGAUAUUGAUGAUGUGGUGUUGGACUAUGUGAUAACCAUAUUGGAGGACCUUGGUAAUGGGCAGGAUGCAGAAGAGAAUAUCGAUGUGGAUCAGUUUGUAGAGAUGAUGGAUGCUUAUGUUCCUGGCUUUGGAGAGAUUACAAGUGUGGAUAUCUGUGAAUGGAUGUUCCAACUGGCCUCAAAUCUUGUUAUGAAAGAAACAGCCAAUGUACCAACAAGACAAAGACAAACCUCUCUCAGUGAUGACCUCCUAGAAGCUAUAACUGCCUCGACUGGUGACACAGAAAAUGCAAACUGUGCACAGGAAAAAGACCGAGAUAAAACAGAAGAAGAGGAAAGUGAUGAAAUGAAAAUGUUACGAGAAAUGUUUCCAGCAGCUUGUACAAUGGAGGUGACCCACUGUCUUGGACUUGCUAGUGGGGACAUGGAAAACACCAUACAACUGAUACUUGACAGACAAGAGUCCGGGGAGAGUAUAAAACAGGUGACUGAAAAGGUGAAGAAGAAAACAAAAGUAUCUGUUCUGGAUGACAAGGAUUUAAAAGACACCCUGAUAGCCAGGUAUUCUUAUGUUGAUGCUGAUGAGGAUAAGAAAACUUUCAACCCUCUCGCACCAAAAACUGAAUCAAAGAAAAUGGUGCGGUAUCUGGAGAACAGAAUUGUUUCGACUAAAGGUGAAAAAUUCACAGAAGUCAAGAAGGCUGAAGAUGAGGAUAUGAAAAAAACUUAUGUAAAUCUCAAACCAGCUAGAAAGUACCGGUUUCAUUGAUAAUGAUAUCUAUGAACAAAACAACUUUGUUUCCGUUGUAAACAGGAAAAGAAAUCAGUUUAGUUAUUGGUUCUAACCUUACUGCUUCUAAUAAAUGUAUUUUAAGCUGUUUCUAGUCACUUACACUGUGAAACAAAACAUCAUGAAUUUUCUAGACAUAUUUAAGCCUUUGCUAGAAGUUUGCUUGCAACAUUCACUUUUAUAUAAAGUAAAGUGAACAAGUUAUAUACAUGUAGGAACAUAAAAGUUCUACAAGGAUGUGUGUUUUAUUCAUAUCAUUCACAUUUAGCUUGUAUCUAAAAAUAACAUUGAUGUUUUAUUGUAUCAAUGUCAGAAGUACUACACUGGCAUGUAAAACUCAUUAACCACCGAGAAACUGACACAGUAUCUGUUUGAUAGGCUGUGUAACUCUCAGUUCCAAUACUGACCUUAGAGACUCUCUGUACAUCAUUGUAGCGCAGUGCUUUUUAAGGUUGAUUACUGUGAAGUUGUUUUCCAGUCAAUUGCUAGAAGGAUAAAACGCCUAAGGCAAGGACUCAGUGUUUGUCUUUCUGAUGUAUUUUAAACAAGUAUUUCUCCUCACCCAAAAGGCUCAUGGUCAUGAUAUUAGAUAUUUAGUCCAAAAGCAAUCUUUGAUAAACAGCUUCCAUUUUUGUUCAGUAUGGUGACCUUGACUUACAUUCAAGGUCACAUGGUUUAUGCAAUAAAAUCUUUAUAUGCAAUAACCAUAAGCCCAGGGUUGUAAUAUUCCACUAAUAACUUGUUAGGGUUAAGGGCUUUUCUAUUUCUUCAAACAAAUGAUUAUGACUCGAUUUCAUGAUCACAGGGGUCAAAGAUGUUUAAAUUUUCAAACAACAAUUUCCCAAUAACCAAAAGGCCUCAGAUCACUUUAAUUGGCUCUUAACAUACCAGUGUAAUGAGUUUUUAAGUUGGCUCUAUCAACAAAGUUGUUUCUGAAUACGAUCAGGGGAGUAAUAACAGGCCAUUUGGGCCUCUUGAUUUAUUGACUUAAAGUGUCCUAAAUAAAAAAAACCCACUAAAUUUACGAUGAUAACCUUUUUACAUUUUUAUACUAUGGAUGGGAAGCUCAGAGGGAAUAACUUCUGAUUCUAGAUCAUUAUGAGGGUGGGGCCAGUAGUUUGACAUUCCACAAAGAUUUAAGUCUUCCUACUAUCAUUCUAUUGUGAAUUGUACCAUUCAUUUCCACCAUUAUAAAUGUGAUGUUUUUAUACAAUAAUUUUAAUUCUCACUGACUGUUUUUUCAUUGAGGAAAUAAAGAUAUUGGAACAUGUUUAACAAA